AUUUGUAGUGGACUAUAUCGAUUUGAUAGUCUCCUAUUGUUGUUAUUACAUGGGCCAUGUUUAGAUAUCGGAGAGGAACCAGGUGAUUGUGUGUGAGGUCUUUUGUUCGACGAUAGAACUGUAAUCCACACGUCGUCAGAAUCGUCAACGUUAUCUGAUUUAUGUGUUUCGUUUUUGUUAACUACUUGGCUACGGUUGAUAAUAGUAAUAGGCGUUAUCGGAGUAUUGGUUUGAGAUGACGGUGGUGUCUUACUGCGGUUAGACAUUUUUCAGCAAUUAAGUUUAUGAUAAUUUCUUACCUUGAUCCCGUAGGAUCACACGAUGUUGUGAGUUUGAUGCAGUAACGCGAUCUCUGUAAUUCGGGCUAUCGAACGGUGUAAGUUUGGAAAAAGAACACAAAAUGUGACGUAUAAAAAUAUAUAUUAAUAGCGGGAGCGUGACACGAGACAUGAGAACUCAAUGGCAGCUGAAGGCUAUCUGGCCAUCUAUCUGGAUCUAUAUCUAUAUCUAUUUUUUUGGAAUAAUUACUUGUUUCGUAUUAAUAAUUAUUUUAUCAAUUUAAGGUUUGUAAGAAGUGACAUUGAAUUUUUAGAGGAGUACCAUAUGGUUAUGGAACCAAUUGCAUGUAGUUUAGAUUUACUCCAAAGUGAAAAAUCUAUGUAUUUUGGCUAUCUUAUACCUACAGUUGAAGAACUUAUACAUAAAUAUACAUUGUUUAAUCUAGACAGUUCAAUUUCUAUGAAAAUUAAGCCACUUGUAAAUUCUAUAUUAAAUGGUAUUAAAGCCAGAUUUGAAAAUGUAUUUAAUGACAAGUUCUUAACUAUAGCAGCUAUUAGUCAUCCUAAAUUCAAAACAGCAUGGAUAAAAAAUGAUGUCAAAAAACAACUGGCAAUUGAAUAUUUCAAAAAUGCAUGUACAGAAGAAUAUAAAGAGGAUAGAUCAUCAUCAGAUGAUGAAUUUAAAAAGGAUAGAUCAUCACCAGAUGAUGAUUUUUUCAACUCUUGGUCUAAAAGUUCAUCGGAAGAUAACAAAACUCUAAACAUAGAAAUUGACCAAUAUUUGGGAGUAUCGCCUAAUAAAAAUUUGGAAUGUUUAAAUUCAUUACCAACUGUUAAGUCAGUGUUCAGAAAGUAUAAUACACCCUUACCAAGUAGCGCAUCUGUCGAAAGAGUCUUUAGCAUUGGUGGUGCUACCAUGACAAAGCGACGAACUAAUAUGACUGAUGAUAAUUUUGAAAAAAUUAUGAUUCUUAAAUGUAAUAAAAAUAAUUUUAAUUAAAUAGUUUAUUUAAUUGUUGA